AUGUUGCCAGCCACAAGAGCGAGCAUCGCACGGAUACCGGCAAUGAAUGCAACUGCCGAAAAUGAAAUUGUAGAACAUCUUGAGCGCGACGGCGUUGUCAUCGUUACCGGUAUGUUUUCUAGAGAUCACAUUGAACAGGUUAAACAAGAUCUUGUACCUCAUUUCGACUCGGAUGUCGUCGACCAAUCGGGCUUUUUCCCUUCGACAACCCAACGAGCCACAGGGCUCUUUUCCAUUUCGCGUGCUUGUGUCGACUUGGCCAUGCAUCCAUUGUAUUUGACUGUGGCCAAUCGAAUGCUUACAUCGAUUUACACCUUCUAUCGUGGCUCGGAAAAGCACACCGCCGUUUCAAAGCCAAUUAUUUCGUCGACUGUCGGCUUUCGCGUAAACCCUGGUGGCAGGCAGCAAGCACUUCACCGCGACGACACCGACUAUCAUACACGUGCGUGCGAUCGUCCGAUGAUGAUCGGCUGUGUGACCGCCCUGACUCGGACGCACAAGAACAAUGGAGCAACCAUCGUUAUUCCGGGUUCACACUUGUGGGAAGACGAAGAUCGCGUGCCGUUGGUAGAGGAAGCCGUGCCGGCCGAACUAGAACCGGGCGAUGCGACCAUCUUCCUGGGCAAUGUCUAUCAUGCCGGAGGAGGAAACAUUACUCAAGACGAACGGCGCGAAACGGCGGGAGUAUUCAUGGCUAAAGGAUUUUACCGACAAGCAGAAAAUGAGUAUCUGAUGGUGCCACCUGAACGCUGCAAAGAAAUUCAGCUAACCCCAGCGGAAUUGAGAGUUCUAGGCUAUGGUAUCUCGCAACCAUCUUGCGGCUUUGUCAAUUACAAAGAUCCAAUGGAAUCCGUUUUCGGAAUUAUAGAUGAUGAGACAGUCAGAAUGUAG